AUGGGAGACACAUCCGGAGAAGGGGUUCCCAACGCAUCAGGACCCAAGAUCAUACGGCCCAUACCCCGCCGCCCUUUCAAACCUGGAUUUCUCAGCCCAACGCCUCCAGAAGAAGAUGACGACCGCUACUCAUCCUCCUCGCGGCCUCAAAUCAGUGCCAGCGACCUACGCUUCCUUGCCCCUCACCAGCAUGCCGCCGCCACCCCGAGUAGCGGUAGCCGAGAUGGAAGUACACCAAUCAGUCACAACGCUUCUUAUCUUAACUUGACCUCCCCGACCCUUUUUGGAAUCUACUCGCCCUCGACACUAGACUCUUCCAUUAAAGAUGAAGACUACCAGGAUGAGGACCACUACUUCAGAGACCCGGACCGCAGCCCCGGCUUUGACACCCCCGGCAUCAACACCCCCGGGGGCGCCCCGAUCCCACGCCCCGGGCUAGACGACAAAACAUAUGCGCUGAUGCGCAGGCGGUCCUCCCUCCACAAACCACGACAAAGCUCCCUCCUCAACCCAGCGGCGUCGGCGGCGUCGGCGUCGGCUGAGCCACCACGGCCGGCGCGGAAGAGAGAGGUUGCUCUCCAGCUCGCCCUGCGCGCCAUCCUUCUCUUCGUCCUUGGGGUAGGCUACGGCGUGCUGGUCACGCGCCUGCCUCAAAACAGCCAUAACCAACACCACCCCACCCACCGCCUCGCCGCGGCGUACGAGUCCCACUACGAAUGGCGCUAUCUCGUCUUCUGGGGCGCCGUCGGCGUGGCUCUGGGCAGCCUCCUACCGUGGUUUGACCGCUUCUGGGAAGAAACCGUCGCCCGUUCCUCUCGCCAUAACAACAACACCAUCAACACCAACCACCCCCCAGAAAAACAAACCCCCGCACCCACCGACGACGAAACCGAAACCAACCCCAACCCAGACGCCACCACCGCCGACACCCCACCUCCCGCCGACUGGGCCCUCGUCGUCCGCGGCAUCGGCGCUUUCGUCGGCAUCGUCUUCGCCAUCCGCAAACUCCCCUGGGCCUCUACCAUGCAGGUGUCUCUGACCCUGGCCCUGGCCAACCCCUUCCUCUGGUACCUGAUCGACCGCUCCAAGCCGGGCUUCCUCCUCUCCACCGCCGUCGGGCUCGCCGGCUCCGCCGUGCUCAUGCGCCUGGGCGGGCCGGGCGUCAUGCCCGCUCCUAUUUCGGCGUCGUCCGUGGAGCUGCUGCGGGGGCUGGGCACCGCGGUGCUGGGCGGCGGGAAUGGCUCGGCCGCCGCCGCCGCGGGGGGGUUGGACGCUGCUGCUGGGGAGGCGGGGGGUUAUGCUGCUGCUGCUGCUGCUGCUGGCGCGUUUGGGGGGUUGGCGAGCCAGGAGACGAUCGAGACCAGCUUGUGGAUGCUGAGCGUGCUGUUUUGCAGUUGUGUGUGUUUUGGGAAUAUUGGCCGGCGCCUGGCGCUGAACUCGUCCGCUGCGGGGAGGGGCCGGUGGGGGGGCGUUAGGUGA